AUGUCCCUAUUGCCACACAGCGAUCAUCAACCCACCACUCCAGAAAGCACUUCGAAACAAUUUUAUUUCGACGAGAAAGUUGAAGAGGAUGAUGAGGAAGAAAACCAACAACAAGAACCAACCACUGAACCCACUUCUUCUGCAAGCUUUGAAUUAAAAAAGGAAAAAAUCCUCAUUCCUUCGCGAGGUGAUUCAUUUCCCUUGAUUGGUUAUGUGUUCAAGAAUGCAGGUAAAUCCUUGCAUGAUGACAAAGUUGUGUAUGUGAUCACUAGUGCUGCCACUGGUGUUCAUCAAGAUUAUCACUUUCACUUUGCAGAAUAUGUGGUUCGUUAUGGUCAUGCCUCAAAUCAGACAGUCAUUGCUGUGACCUAUGACUAUCGAGGAAUGGGUGAAUCCAGAGAUACUGACAAGCCACUUGUGAAAUGUACCUUUUACGAUUGGGCCAAAGACUUUUGGGGUGUCAUGGAUUUUUGCAUCAAGUACCACAAGGAAAACUUUUCACAACCCAAAGUGGCGAUGGAAAUUUCUGCCGUUGGUAAUAGUAUUGGUGCCUACUUGAUGAUGACAGUUCCAAGUGAUCUCGCUCCAUAUUUCACUCGAGGUUUCAUGUUAUCAGCAUUCAAUGGUUACUUUGGAUAUUUUCAGCCUUUCAAAAGUAAGAAAGACAUGAUGCAUUACUUGAGAACAAAAUUGUUUUUUGCAAGUGUUCCACUCUUGUCUGCCAUGUAUGGAUAUUUUCCAUCUGGAACAGUGUUCAAGUCCAUGGAGGAUAUUCCUACAGGUGUGGCCUACACAUGGAGACAAUUUCAAUACAAUCCUCAAUACAUGACAGAACCUGAUAAUCCCAAGAAACCAAUAUUACCAACGAAUAUGGAGCAUGUGACCUUUUUAAAUUGGGCAUUUGAAGAUGAUGUUUUUACCAAUAAGACUUCAGUCGCCAAAUAUAAUGAAAAAUUCUUUGGCAGAUGUAAGGAAUAUUUCUUUGAGCUUAUUAGGCGACCUAUCAUGAAAAGUGUAGCAACAACACCAUCGAAUCCACAGCAACCUCCAAAGAGGCUUCCAAUUGGUCAUGUCGGAUUCUUCAAGAAGCAUGUUCGAGAUCGAAGUGAUCUUUGGAAAGAUGCAUGUGAAUUUAUCAUCUUUGGUAAAAUUAUUCGAACUCCAAGCACCGAGAUUUUAUAUUCACGUCCUUCAAAAGAAGCUCCAAAUCCUCCACAACAACGAAUUUCCAAAUUGUAA